AGUUGAUACUGAUAUUUUUGCUAAAAACUAAACUAAAAAUGCAACUCUAAAAAGGUAGAUAUUUCUUGGUUGCAUUUAAGCUCACCGAUUAAAACCUUAAAAGAUCUUUUCCGCUCAGCCUACAGGUAUACUACGAAGAAAUUUUAAAGUUUUGAGCUCAAAAACGUAAAACUCUAAACAAUAAAUGUAACUAAGAAUACUUUACUAAAUUAAGCAGCUUCAUCAACUAUACAAACACACAUUAAAUUAAGUAUUAAAUUCAAUAAUGAAAAUUAAAAUCUAGCGCCUAAAAACAUACAACACUCUUGUAAAAUUAAUUUGUGUAUUUUGUGCACUUAAGGCAUAUGCAACCAUAUCAUUUGCUAAUCAAAUCAAAAUAAUCAUUUUUCUAAUAAAUAUACAAUACAAAAAUACACUGAGAGAAAAUCUCGCUCGCUUAAAGUUGAACGGUUGUGAACAGUACGCUAGCACACAAAAACAGACACACAUAUAGGCAUAUAAAUACAGACUGUGUAAAUUGUGGCUGAGUUGCGGAAACCAAAAAAAAAAAAUUUUAAAUCCAUAAAAAAAUAUACAAUAGCAAAUUAAAUUUAUCAGUACUUAACGUUGCAUACUCUAAGCCAUACUUUAACCGAAACGUAAAAUAAAGUCAUAAAUUUUUUAUAAAAUAAAUCUAAUUUUGCCGACGCUAUUUGUACAUGAACUCGUCGCAGCGAAUAAAAACGUAAAACUGAGGCAGUAGCCAAGCAUAAAGGAGAUUUUAAUGUAAAAACACGGCGAAGACAAAAAGCUGUUGAUUUAGAAAAUCACAAGUGACGCGCACACUUAACAGCAUACGGCAUUGUCCUUUUGGAGAAAGCGAAUUAAGAAUUUUCUACAAAGCAAUACUCAUGCGGCGAACUCUAAGAAUGCCGUCGUUGAAAUAAAUAACCAGCCAGCCAGCCAGCCAGCCAACUAGCCAAGCAGGCAGACAAAAGUAGACACGUGACUGCGAAUGUUAUAAAACAGCAACAAAAGCGGCAAGAGCAAAGCAACAGAAUAUUGCAAAUAAAAGCUUUUAAUAAUAAUUUCGAGCGCGCCAAGGUGUACACGGCGUAUGAGUAAUACACAACUCUAGUUGCGAAUAAGUUACGAGUGGAAAUAAAAGGAGUAAGUGGGAAGUAAAACACAAAAAAGUAUGUGUCUUUAAAGACAAUUUUGUAUCAGAAGCAUAGAACUGCUGUCUAUAAUUUUUUGAACAAUGCAAGUAAAAUCAAACUGUAAAAAAAUGCUGCAUUCAACAAGAAUGUAUUAAAUUUUUUUUUUUUAAUUAAUACUCAAAAGAAUAAAAGUAUUCUUUGCAUGGUGACGACUAAAAAUUCCGCAGAAAUACCCUAUUCCAUGAAAACUGAGCAAAAAUCAAGUAGACUACAAAAAACCGCGUGAAAUAUCACCAAAGUAGUAACUAAAAAGCAGCGCGAUAACUACUCAUCUUAAGUAGAAGUGUAUUACGUAUCUGGUUUAUGCAAUAAAUCAAUUACUUAAUUGAACAUAAAAAGCAAUCGCGCGAGGGAAAAUUAAUGUAAAAAAAAAAUAUAUUUGUAAAUUUGUGGCUUAGGUGCAUAGAGCCUGCGAAAUUUUUAAAAAGCUGCAUUUUUGCUGGAAAAGUGAAUUGAGUGCAGUGAAAAAAAUAAGAAAACAAUGUGCGUUUAUCGAUAAUAGUGCAAUAUGUAUAAGCGUAAAAAUUAUUGACGAAUUGUAAGGCAUACGAGCAGUUGUGAAGAGAUAUAGGCAAAGAAGAAAACCUAAAAGAUUCGAUUAAAUUGACGUGUGUGGUACUUAAAAUAUUUAUAGUGAGCAAUAAGUUUGCUAUAUCGUCGUACUUCUGCCUCUAAAAAUUCAAAACUAAAUACUGAUUAGUGAGCACAAAAACUUUCUUUAUUGAUGUACUAAACAGUAAACCGUUAAAAAUAUGAAUUACCAAAAAGGUAAAUCGCGUCAUUUCACGGUGAAUGGUUUUAAUACGCAUGCACAACAGCAACAACAACAAUUAUCGCAACAGCAAAACCAAAGUGACGUGCGUAAUAUUUACAAUAAUCCUUAUACGCCACCGCCAGCACCAACUUCCGCACCUACCCAACAACAACAACAAACACAUCGCUUGCAGCAACAACAACAACAACAAUUGUUGUACAAGUCUAUCGCCAGCGGUGUUGUUAGUGGUGUUGGAAAUAGUGGCGCCAAUCAGUACGAUUACCCACCAACAGCCUCGAGUGAACUUCAACUACAGCAACAACAACAGCUACAGCAACAUCAGCAACAAUUUCAACUACAACAGCAACAACAACAGCAACUAAGUAACGUCUUGGAAGCAGACACUUUCACCUGCCAUAAUAAAGGUAGGAACGGAAUGUUUUGGCUUUAUAACUAA